AUGACACAAUUGUUCCAGCUUAGGAAGGAGCUUAGUGUACCGGCGGCUGAAGAGUCCGUUAUUUCUGUUGAAGAAAGCACCAUUGGGUCUAGUGGGACGAACAGACAGUUCUCCAAUGAGCAGGUAAUUACGGAGAAUGGGAAGUAUAAGGUGUCUAGACUAGCUCCUAGCCUUGGAUUUUUACCGCAGGGCGAAGAAUUGGGAUGUAGUAUUGAUGCGAAGUCUGGAUAUGCGCUUUGUUGCGAUUGUGAGAAUGUUUAUGUGUGGCCAUAUGCGUCAUCUGAGACGCAUCCCAGCUUUUUACGGAUUCCUUUGCAUCAGAAGGAGUAUGAGACGUGGUCGAAACCGCCAUUAUGCUGUUUCACGUGGCCUAGUGUUUUGGAACGCGAUAUGAAAGCGAAUCCUGGGUUGUUUUUAGUGAAUGUGAAGUCGGGCGAGAUUCAAUUCUAUGAGGAUGUGGAUGCUGUAAGCCAAGUGGCUUCGUUUAUUACACAGUCGAGAUAUCACACGGCAAGCAUGAAAUUACGCGAUGGGGAAUAUGUGGAGUCUUUAGUGAAUGCUGAGCCCGCAGGUGUGGUUCUUUCGACCAAUUACGGACGCGUAGAGUUAUAUACAAUACGGGAUUCUAGCGGGAAGCCCCAUGUUUCGUUAAAACAGACUAUUAUAAAGUGCCAAGUGGGGAUUUUCUUAUCGAUGUCCAAGCCCAAAAGGGUAGUUUCCAUGAAAGUGGGAGAAAUUAGUGGUAAAGGUGAGAGACUGGUGUCAAUUUUGACACAAGGUGGUCAAUUCCAAGUGUGGAAUCUUUCAUCGAUCGGGAACUGUUAUAAAAGAAUAAAUAUAAACGUUUUGUCUGAGAUCUCCCAAACAGUUCUUGAACAUUUCCCAUUGGCCACUUCUAGCUUACAGUUACUAGACUGCCAUCCAUUAGCGGGAGAUAAAACUGCAUAUCUAUUCUUAAGUUGCGUGUCAGAGAAUCACAAUACGUAUUACUUGCUUUCGACCUUAAUUUUCGAUGAGGAUACCAAUAGUUUUGCCAUUUUCUCUUCUUACAGAUUGAACACAUACACAAGACCAUUAGUGGACGACACUUUUGCUUCUUCCAUUCAUUUACCACGAUUGGUGGUUCCAUCAGCGUACACAAGUGAAAAUCUACCAAUAACAUCUGUAUACACACUAUUCGCUGAUGCAACUGUUUUAACCCAAACAAGCUCUAAACUAGACUCCAACUAUCCAUUCAAAAGAAGGUGGGAAGAUAUUUUACAAUUCAAUAAGGAUAUGAGAAUAGCUGGUUAUGACUGUGACACUAACGGAUUAUACAUUACCGAUGCAUCAACGUGCACCUUAAAACUAGAGACUUUUGAAAAAUAUGAAAAGUCCGAUUUCCAAGAGGUGAGAUUCAUCAAAUCCCAUGUAGACCAAUUCAUAUACUUCGGUGGGAACUCAUCUGAGGCUCUACUAGAUUUCAAUCUACCCGAAAAUUUGGAUCUUCAAAUCCAAGAAAUUGAAACGGAUAUCCAAAUGUCUAGUGACGAAAUAAAAUAUGCAUUAUCAAAUCACAUUCCUCCAGUGGCCAACAACGUCACAAGACAUUUGAAAAUUCGUAGCGAAUUAUUCGAAAGACUUUUGAUCUUUGUUGCUCAUAAUUUCUUGAACCAAAUGUCGGCCCAGUUCAAAUUGGAUUUAAUUUCAGAUUUCGAAACUAUUAAGUGUAUUGAGAAGCUCUACACAUUACUACCAGAACAACCGGAAACUAUCAAAAAGGCUUGGAGCACAGUAUUGGGUGAAUUUAACUUUACGUCAGAUGUUGAUUUUGUGACGGAUGGUAUAUCAAAGAUCCCUCAAAUUAUUGGUGCAUUAUUGAAGCAAUUGAAUGCUUCCAUUGAAACAACAAGAGAUCCAAAGUUGAAGAUUCAAAUCGUGAAAUUCAUUAACGAAAUAAUAUACCACUCCACUUUGGAAGAAUGUGAGAAUAACUACAGAUACGGCCUCUUCCAAAUGAGCGCAGAUGAAAUGUCGAAAAACAUUCCGUGGUUUACUACUAAUGAAAUAAUCCAAACAUUGAACGACACGUUUUUCUUGAUCCAUCACGCUGUUGAAGAUUCAUCAAUGAAGACAGAUUUGAUGCCAAAUGAAGAACACGAGAACCUAUUACUGCUUGUUAAAUCGCUUUACUACAUGAUUAAACAAAUUACAAUGUGGAUUAGUUUCAAUGGUAUCUCAGACUCUACUUAUAAGAAGUUCUUCGACGAUAACCAUUUGUUAUGGAAUAGAGUCUUGAGGGACAUCAACAAAUCCCAAGACUCCAUUUUAAUCACCGACUUUUAUCAAGAUUUAGAAGGUUUAGUAGAAACUUUAGAAACUCUUCCAAGAAUAACCGCGUUUUCAUUAUACAACGAAUACUUCCAAAAAUACGGGUACAUUUUUGCAAAAGCCUUAUUUACGUACUAUAUCAAAGCUGGCAAGUGGGACGCACUUUAUGAAACAUUUGGUGAGUCGAAUUCUGAUUUCUUAGAACAAUACUUUGAAGAAUUCCCAGAAUAUGGAAAGGUUAAAUGGAUCGGAGAAAUCUACAAUAACAAAUACAAUGAGGCUACCGCAACUCUUUUAACAAUCUCUACUGGAACAGAUUCCCUUGGUCAAGAUAUCAAACAAAGACAGGCCCAACUAAGUAUCGCCAAACUCAGCGCUCUUGCUGCUGAGUCAGAAGAAGGUUCCCAAGUGUUGAACGAUAUCCAAACAGAAUUAGACUUGAUAGAUGGCCAAAUUCUUUUGUCUCAAGAAAUCCAAGAGUCCAGCAUUAACCCUGUGUUCAAAGACUUCCAAACCUAUCAAACGCUGUUCAAGUACUUGAGUGAUGCUGUAAAGAGGAGAGAAUCUCUAUCCGUUCCACAUAUGAUAGAACUUUUCACUUUAUUGAACAAAGACACCUCUUACGGUUUUGCAUUGAGUGUCCUUGCCAUCGAUCGUACUUUACCAACCGAGGUGAAGAAGUUCUGCGAACAUCAAAUAUGGAGAAGAUGCUUAUUGUCCGGAGAAGAUGCUAUUAAAAAGACUCUACAUGUAUUUUUCAACCAACAAUUCUACAAUGAGCACAUAGAACUUCCCCAUCUCAAUACCUUAACAAAUGAAGCAACAAUCAGAGACACAUAUCUAGACGGGCUUUAUCAUAACCUUAUUGAUCUUCCAUUACUAGCUGAUGACGCAAAAAGAGAGGUUGUUCUUCUGAAAGAAUCAUGCCCUGACAUCACAACCAUCCAAGCACUUAUCGGACAAGCCAACGAGGAGACAGGUAACCAAUGUGUAAUCAAUUACGAAUCAAACACCAUCGAAAGGACCAACCUUAAUUCCUUCUAG